GUCAGAAGGAAGCAGCCAAAGUAAAAACAAAAAGGUUUGGAGUCAUGUUAUUCAAGUACAUAAGAGAUGAGACUCUGGGAGACUACCUUAGCAGUCGCGAUGGCUUUAAGUACUUGCAGCGAGUCAUGAAGUGCGUGGCCUGGCUGCCACCCAAGAGAGGUACACGAUUCUAUUGGCCCUACAUCAUGUGGAUGAUAUGGAUUCAUUUCACGGUUAAUAUAUAUUUACCGAUUAUGAUACUGACCAGCUAUAUAAUCAAUUUCAAGUUAUUUAAGGCACAUGAACUGCUGGGUUCAGUUCAAGUCUUUUUCAAUGUCAUGAGCCUAGUCUAUAAGGUGAUAGUGAAUUUUAUAAAUAUUUGGCGCUUCGAGAAGCUCAUGGAAAUGCUCGAUACAUUGGAUAAACGAUGUAUUCAAUUCAAUCAACAAAGCGAAGUGCAUCGUAGCGCUGUACGCUGCAAUAUGGUAUUUUUGGCAUUUCAUGCCACAUAUGCGUUCUAUUCGACUUUUACCUAUUUGGGCGCCACACUCACUGGCUCAACUCCGUGGGUAAUAUACAAUCCCUUUGUUGACUAUCGCACGAGCACAAGGAACCUAUGGAUAGCAGCGACAUCAGAGUAUAUUAUUGGUUCAGGUGCCAUCUAUGCGGAUGAAAUUACCGAUCUCUAUCCAGUUUUAUUCAGCUUAACCUUGCGAACUCAUUUGAAAUUGUUGGCAAAGCGUAUCGAAACGCUGCGCACAGAUCCCGAACUCACAGAGGAGCAGAACUACGAGCAGUUAGUAAACUGUGUCAAGGAUCACCAAUUAUUGCUGCAAUAUUGCGAUAUGCUGCGUUCGGUCAUCUCUCGCACCUUUUUUAUUCAAUUACUCGUGAUAGGUCUCGGCCUGGGACUUUCGCUGAUAAACCUGAUGUCUUUUGUGACUUUCUCGAACAGCCUGUCAACGAUUUUGUUUAUAUUAAUCCUGUUAAUACAGACAUUUCCCUUUUGCUAUGUCUGCGAACGGAUCCACGAUGAUUGCUACAAUCUGAGCUCGGCCCUAUUUUAUUCGAAAUCAAUUGAUGCAAGUCGGCGCUACAAGUCGACGUUUUUAUACUUUUUACAAAAUACUCAAAUACCGAUUGAAUUUACUGCUGGCAGCUUAUUUCCCAUCUGCAUGAGGACUAAUUUAACUUUUGCCAAGUUUGCAUUUUCGGUGGUAACUAUCGUCAAGCAAACGAAUAUUGUUGAAAAAUUAAAAUUACGUUUAGGGGAAACAUAAGGAACUACAAGUUGCAGUCAGUAAAUGAAAAGAAAAUUUAUAUUGAUCAAUAUUAUGCUAAUUUUAGCUUAGA